GGCACGCGUGUUUAUGCGUGAGGGAGAGAGCCCUCGGCGCCGCCGUCUACCAGACGACGUUCCCCAUGGCAGCCCCGGCUGAGGGUGGCGUGUGUGUAGGCGUAUGUCCUGGCGCUUCCCGUGAGGAUGGACUUUCCCCGCACGCAUUGGGAGUGCUGGCCCUUUUGGUGGAAGCUGCCAGGACUGAUGGAGAUGGAGUGCAUGUGCCAUCCAGGACGCAUGCCCAGCGGUGGAAACUCAACGAGCUCCUAUUGACUCUGCUGCAGGGCUGUGAUAUCCCCCUCUCUCAGCUGCAUACCUGUGUACUUGACUGCUGCAUCUUCUUGGCAGAUCGUCUCAUCCAGAGGCUGGGUGUGGUGGUGCUGGGAGGCUCACAGGCAAUGGAAACCUUUUUUCUUUCUUUUGAGGAGCUCCUAUCUGCAACCUCGCCCACCAUAGGACGCCACGGCCUACUGGGCAUGUUUGUGCGGCGAAUGCUGUUGGCGUACAACCGUUUGUCGUUCGCUCAGACCAGACGACUCUGUCAUCAGCUGCGGAAAUACUGGCAGGGCUACAUUGGGGUCACCCAGGCCAACUCUGCAGUUGCUGGAGGUAUAAUGGAGGUCACAGCGGGCUCUGGGGAGGCAAGGACAGGCUCGUGGCUUGAGAUGGAGGCCUCCGACAACGAAGACAUUGGAGAAGGGCCCUCACGGGGAGAUGAGCCUAUGUCAGGCGAUGACGAUCUAGAAAUGGAUGCGUUAUCUACAAGAAGAGCUGCAUUCUUUCUAAUACAGCAGGCUGACCUAGUGCAGAGAGCAGACGGGGCAGCGCUGGCUCCCCGUGACCUCCACGCACGACUUUCCAGCCUCCUGAGGGCAAACCCGGACUGCGAUGAGGCUCACCUGGUGUCGUGCCUGAAUACCGUCCGUGUGCGGGACACCUUGUCAUCCCUGCACUCCCUGCACCACUACUACGACCGCGCCACACUCAGCACAUCAGGCGGAGGCGUGGAGCCCCGGGGAAGUGCCCUGAAUCCACGCUACGCAGCUCUCAACAUGGCCGCCCUACACUCCUUCUUUGGACACCUGGAUGAAGCGAGGCUGGCCCUGCAGGAGUCCAUCAGCAAAGCAGAAGGGCAGAACGACCAAGUGUGUCUCCAGCACUGCCUGAGCCUGCUGGCGCACCUGGAGCGAGCGCGCGGGGUGCGCUGCGUGUCCCAGCUGGAGCUGUCGGUGCGGAAAGCCAGCCAGGUCGGCCUAUCGCUGACAAGUUGGCUGGGAGUGCAGGCGUUGGUGUGCGCCCGGGCGAGCCUGGGUGUGCGUCCCAGUGUGCUUCUCCGAUCGCUGAGCGAGGCGGAGAGGGUUGGGGGUCGUGCCCAGCACGCCAUGUCGGCGCUUGCACAGCGGAAACUCAACAACAGCGCCCUGAAGACAGCACUCUGGAACCUCUAUGGGAAAAGUGUGAUGGCGUGUCAACAGGCCCAGCGCAUGGUGUGCUACAAGCCGGUCGUAGACUUCCCAUCAACGCACGGGCCUGGGGAAACCAACACUGAGGCACUGUGUGUCGCCCUUUGCCAUCUUGCCAGGCUACAUGCACAUCAGGGCCUGUACCAGGCCUCUAUGGAGGUCAUCGACUAUGCCCGGGAGAAGUUCCCCCACGACACGCACGUUUCUCGGUUGUGGAAGCUGGUAGAGCUAGCUGUGAGUGUGCAGCGUGAGGUGAGUGCGGGCCGUCCCCACGUCGCAGAGGCGCUCAUCCCACACAUCACAGCCCUCAACCCUGCCGAGGGCAUGUACAGCCAGGUCAACGUGCUGAGAGCACAGGGCCGUCUGCUGGAGUGUGCACAGCUGCUGCAGAAUCUCAUGAGACUGUGCGAGGAAAACCGACCUGGAUACACACCCGAGCUGCACGCCAAGUGUUUGCUGGCGCUGGGGGAGGUGCACGUGGCCUGCGGGAGCCCCGAGCGCGCCGUGCCCCUGCUGCUGCGAGCCUUGCAAGAGGCGCGCACUCAGCACGCCCACGGGUUGCUUAGCAGCGCGGCUGUCAGCCUGGCACACGCACAGCUGCUGCUGUCCCAGGCGGAACAGGCAAAUGCCCUGGUGCGUGGGGUGGUAUGUGGAAUCCUGGCUCAUGGCACCAUGUGUGAGAGGGCACGUGCCCUGAGGACACUCGCCCAGACGCAGGCCGCCUUGUCACGCACUGCACACGACUCCAACAUCAACGCCUCCCCAGAGUGGAUGGAGAAGUGCGUGGAGAACCUGGAGCAAGCAAAGAUGUACCACCAGAUAGCAGGAGAAACGACGCGCGUGCGCGACGUGCUGUACCUGCAGGCGCGGGCUCACCAUGCGCUGACCACACACUAUGUUGGGGCGCUCAGCACAGAUGCGCAGCACGCACAACGGGCACACACGCACCACGUGCUCAGGAACAAGUUUUCUCGCGCCUUCAGGGACAUGCAGGCAGAAACCAUCACCAGCCCGGGUUGCGUUCCACUGGUGGCAUUGCCUUAAUUGGCAUCUUGCCGCUUGGAAUUUUAGGCUGACCUGUGCUCGGCAACUAUUAUUUAAAAAAAAAAAAUCUGCUCUGCUUGCACGCGUGGAAGCAUGUGUACCGCCAUGUACAGCAUGUGGAGUACUUGUUAUAAAAUAUAUGGCCACAAUGUUUUUCAUUCGAGAAAUUUCUCCACAACACUAUACAAAGUGUGUGAAUGUAGAAACGUGUUAUUUUAAUGUCUUAUUUUACAUUUAAAUCUUCCAAAUAAACUUUGUAUUGAAGUA